GACAUACCCGCGCAAAUGUACCCCUAUCUUUGCCAACAUAGCCACCCAUCUAUACGAUAGGAUUGUUAUCUUCCAUAAUGUCUGCUACAGGGAACAAACGAAACAAAGAUAGAGCGAGCAAGAGACAGAAGGCUUUGAUGAAGAAGGCCCACGAAUUAGGGGCAUUCCCUAGGAUCGACGUAGUCGUGAUCAUUUGCAAACGGGGUCGAUUUUAUACGUACAUGUCGACAGACCAAUAGUCCUGGCCGCCUACCAAGGGCUUUGAGUUAGGUUUGAUUUACGAGUAUUGCAUGACGAAGACUGCUGAAGAUGCACAGACAAGCCAUGGAAAACAUAGCAAUCUGUGGAAAGCCCUUAAUACUAGGCUGAUAGAGGAGGCUGCAUUGGUUGAUUAUCCACGUGCCGUUAUCACUUGGAUGAUGACAGUUCAAUUCCAGGAUGUGGCAAACUGCUAUACAUUCCGUCUGAUUCUUGCCUAUCGUAAUAUAUGUCCGAACCCAUAUCGCUAUUUACAUGAGUGGUUUGUAGGGAGGAGAUCGUUCUCGAUAAGGUGACAGAAAAAACAUCGUCAUUCGGCGUUGAAAGUCGUCUUCGAAGAGUGGAGUGUUAAAAUCAUAAGGAAUCAAUGCAGGAGAAUAGAUAGCACUUACCUCAUCACUUCAUCAAUCCUUGUUCCAAGUCUCCAAGUACAGCUUCUCCUUCAAAACAUACUGAGCAACC